ACAUUGCUUCACAGUCGAGCAAAAAGCAACACCACUGUGGUCCUGAGCAAGGUUGACCUCUCAGAAGCCCAGUAGGAGAACAAACCCAACAGCCAUGAAGUCUCAGGUGUUCCUCCUCUUGAUCUCUGCAGCAGGUUUUGUACCAGCCAGAGGGAACCCCGUCUCGACUGCCGAGGACAUUCAAGUCCAGGAGAAUUUUGACGAGGAGAGGUUCUACGGGAAAUGGUAUGACAUUGCUAUUGGCUCAACUUGCCAAUGGAUGAAAAAACAUAAGGACCGAUUCCCCAUGGGGACGCUGGUUGUGGGGCCAGGGCAGUCGAGCGAGGUGAUCAGCAUGACAACCACAAGGCUCAGACGAGGCGUCUGUUCCCAGGUCAUCGGAGAAUACCAGAAGACUGACAUUCCAGGGAAACUCACCUACUAUAAUCCAAAAUGGGAUGUGAAUAUUGAUACCUUUGUGGUUCACACUAACUACAAUGAAUACGCUAUCUUUGUGAUGAAGAAGAACAGCGCCCAUGGACUCAGCACCACAGCCAAGAUUUAUGGAAGAAGCCCGGAGCUGAGAGAAGAUCUCGUGACAGAGUUUAGACAGCUUGCUCUGGAUCUGGGAAUCCAUGAAGACUCCAUUAGCAUCCUGAUUAACAAAGGGGAGUGUGUUCCUUCUACAGACGAACCGGAACCACAGCCAAGGGUUCGAAGAACUACUUUGUUUGAAGAAGAAGGAUCUGCCGAUGGCUCGUUACACACCUUGGUAGGCCGUAAAGAAGAUUACUGCCGACUGCCAGCGGAUGCUGGCCCUUGCCUCGGCACAGAUACUCAAUAUUUCUACAAUUCCACUUCGAAUACAUGCGAAACCUUUAUCUAUGGAGGCUGUCUUGGAAAUGGCAACAAGUUCCCGUCAGAGAAAGCCUGUCUUCAAACGUGCAGGACUGAGGCAUCUUGCCGGCUCCCCAUUGCCCCUGGAGGUCCUUGUAAAAUGACAUACUGGGCCUUUGAUGCCAACCUGGGCAAAUGCGUAACUUUUGAAGGGUGUGGGAGCAACGGGAACAAGUUUUACCAUGAAAAAGAAUGCAAAGAAUAUUGCGGCGUUCUCUCUGAGGGGGAUGAGGAAUUUCUCCAUCUGUUGCCAUCGCAGACCAAAAUGUAAAGGCAGCCAACUGAAUAUAAGCAUCCAUUUUCAUUCAGCCUUCCUUGUAUGUACCAGGAACCCAAAUAAAUACGGUCUUCUAUGCUGA